GCUUUGAUGUAACCAGGUGCGGUCGUGUUCUACAGUGUUAUUGUAGUCCGUGCGAAAGCCCUCAAAUAGUGCCGUUUCAAAUGUAGUCCCCUUCGCGUCACCACGUAAAGGACCGUCAAAACUUCGCCAGAGAGAAAAAAUCAAUGCAAAAAGUUGUAGCGGUGUAAUUCAACUGUCCGCCGUCGCCGACUGUCCCAGCAGGACCAUCCCGAUGGGUUGAGAUCACCGACAUCGUGUUUGUGGGCGAACCACCAACGCCAAAGCUGGUUUAAAGAUUAAAAAAAUAUAAAGACUGGUAUACAAAAGGAAGACUCCGAUGCGGUCCCCGUGUUCGGAGACACAUCAGCACCCUGCCAGAAGACCAUAACAUCUUUGAUGGUCACCCCUCCGCUAGAGAAAUACACCUACUCGCUUUGUCACUUCAUUAUAAUUAAAUUCCUGAACAUCUUCUUCAUAUUAUAGUUUAUUUUCGCGUUAGAAUGAGUAAAAUACUGAAGGUAGUGGGCGCGAGCUGGCUGCAGACCAAGAUCAGCUCGUAUAUACUUGCGCUCCUGGGACUGAUAUCUAUCCUGUCGCUCAUCCUAGGACAGAUUGAAAGAAUCCAAGGCGACGGGAACUACGCAGCUACCGUGUUCUUCUCUGAGAAGACCGGAUACCGCAUCGAGCUGUGGGGGCAGGGCAACGACCUCGCCGACAUCGCCCGGGGGGUCGCCAGGGCAUACCUGAGGGAGGAUAGAGAUACCAACGGAUGGAUAAUUCUAGAAGUAGAAACGGAUGCAUCGUAUCCGGAUAAAGUCCAGGCGUAUGCCGCAGGGCUGGUGGAAGGUACCCUGACCUGGUCGCUCAUACAUACGCACCUCGAGAACACCAUACGUGCGGAGUGCGAGGGACGAGAGAAGCAGUGUGAGAAGCUGAGAGACGCGCUGGACAAGUCCGUACACAAGUGGAAGAGCUACGCCGAGGAACAUGAUGUGGACCCGUUCUGGCAUCAGGUAUCACUGUACUACUCGCAGAUGGCUGGCAUCUACACCGGUUGGGAGUAUGGCGUCCGUAGAAACGAGAAGGAGUAUAAAACAGACGUGUCAGAUCUGUACUGGCUGAACUCCAUCUCAGAAGUAACAGAGCUCCAGCGAAAACUGAACAUCAGCGUUGAAGAUGAGACCUUCAACUCGCUACCUGGUCUGUCCAGCGCUUACCUGAGGAUAGUGAACGAGACUUCAAAAGAUGGUCUGCCGUUGAGGGAGAUGUACGUUGCUCAAAAUGGUGCUGGAAGUUACACGUCCAUGAUCCGUCUCAUGAAGCGGUAUAAGCUGAACUACCACAUGACAUCUAAGGACACCAGCCCCAUUCGCGGCACCCUCGUGGACUUCUCCAGCUACCCUGGCUCCAUCACCAGCCAGGACGAGUUCUACAUCGUGCAGGGAGACAACCACAAAAUGGCCGUCACUGGCACCAAACUACGGAACUAUAACAACAAGCUCUGGAAGGACGUUAACAUCACAGAUCAGGUCCCAAUAGGUCCCCGUAUCACCGCGGCCAACCAUCUCGCCACCAACAUCAGCUCCUACGCCCACACCCUCGCCCGCAGCAACUCCGGCACAGCCUGCAAGCAGUGGCUGGUGGUGGACUACACCAAGCUGGAUGGAGUGUUUACCGGGGGAGAGAAACCCGCUGUGGAGAGGAAGGAAGUGAUCACUGAGACUAUGUUUAAUGACACCAAGCACACAGUGGUCCACCGUGCCAGCAGCGGGCGCGUCAAGGGUCUGGUCGGGCUGAUCGAGCAGAUCCCCGGCCGCACUCACUCCGCUGACAUAUCUGAUGCCUUCGUGGAAAACACGUACUGGGCUACACAUGGACUGCCAUUCUUUAAGGACAUCGCCGAAGCGACGCACGUAUCGAAGAUGCAAGAAGUCUACGGCAACAUGUUCUCAGAGUCACUAUCACCGAGAGCCGAGAUAUUCCAACGGGAGUACAAAAACGCCACCACGCUAGACGGCAUACUGAAGUUGAUGAGAUCCAACGAUAUAGUCGCCGUGAACACCACCAGUGAUGAUGAUUGUAAGGAGGAGAUGUGCUUACUGCUCCGAGGGUACUGGUCCGUGCUUGGUGUCAGAGGAGACAUCAUAGAGCCGAAGAAGAAGGCUUAUGGAGUGAUCGACACGAAAGUUGUGAAAGCCACCUGGAACGACACAACCUUGAACAUCGUCGCCGUGUCCGGCCCACCGCACAACGCCAUCAGCAAGGAAGACAUGCUAGUCAACAAGGGCAACGUAGCCUCAACGUACACAGAUCAGUUCGAUGACGUCACGAUCAGCGGCCUUGAGAUCCGAGCACUGGUAAAACAACAGAAGGAGGAAGCGGAAAUAGAGUCGUUGAAACAGUUGAACAAAUUCACAGUUAAACCUUUCAAGUGGUCAGAGAGCAGUUUUCAAGGAAAAUCCCAUGAGCGCCUACCAGAUCUAUGGGACUUCGACCCUUUCCAUCCGAAGUGGUCUUGGUGAAUCUCCCUCCCCUACUGUAGGUAUGGUUUCUAUUCUAACUACGUCAUACAAUGCAUUUUUUUCAUUCCAUAUUGGUCUAUCAUAAUAAUUUUGUGUUGUAAUCAUGUAUUUUAGUUAGAUGUUCAGUAAUUAUUGAUCUAUUUAUUUUGUGUUCGUUUUGUUUCUGUGCUGUUUUUGUUUUAAAUUAAUGUUCAUGACCAAGUAGUUUUAACUUAUUAUCUGAAAUACGUUGUACUUAUAUGUAUGCAUUUCUGAAUAAUACCUAUCGUAUUUUGUUUUUGUCUAUUUUAUGAAGUGACAUUUUUAUAUAGAAUUAAUGGAAUAUUUACUAAGCAAAGUGUACUCUAAUAAAAAUGAAGUGACAGAAUA